AUGCAGCCACCGCAGCAGCAGCAGCAGCAGCCCUUCUCGUACAUCUUCGUCGGCCGCCGCACCUUCUACCUCUUCAGCAGCAUCAAGGACGUCGUGCGGCUGAGAGCCACCUGCACCUAGCUCAGGGAUCUCUUCGGAGCGGCCCAGCUGAGAGAUCGGCUCCGCCACUCGCUGGGCUCACAGGCGGGGCUGCGGUGGGCGGUGAAUGGGCAGCAAGUGCAGCUGCUGCGGUUCGCCGACGACCAGUUCGGCGCCCAUGAUCUGCUCGCGGCUGUGUGUGUAGUGGAGGAGGGGAACUGGGGCGAGAUGGGCGAGGUGAUUGAGCUGGCCGGGCAGUGCGGCAACCGUGAGCUGCCUGUGACCCUCAGUGCUGCUGACAUCAACGCACACGCAAACAAAACGGUGAGCCGGCAAACAGACGGGCGGGGAGGGGAGGGAGAGGGCCUCAUUCUCUCUGUGUCUGUGUGUGGUCGUGUGUGUAGGCGUAUGUGUCGGUUCCCCGUGUAUUGGCGCAGCUCAAGAUGGUCGGCCGUCACGUCCACUUCAGUGACAACCACAGCCUGCAGCUGUUCCACCACGGCAACGGUCAGGUGCGGGCCAUCAUCGACGAGCCCGGCUUCCGGCUGCAGGUCGAUCCGCCCCUCCCUGCCGGCCAUCUGUACCAGCGGCACAGACAGCCACACGACCCACCGGUGCGUGAAAGCAUCUACUACUCGACCACCCUCAGCCAAUGGGUGUCGCUGUGGCCAGCUCACCGUUGCGUCAGUGUCUUCGUUUGCCAAGUUCAUGGUCAUCGACUACCUCCGCGAGACUCACCAAAUCAACCACACAGGAAUAAGACUCAACAGGUGACAACACAUCACUGGUACUGAAGGCAAGAGGGGUGCGCCGUUGACUGUGUGUGUGCGGUUGGCUGCUUCAGGGGUGUCGGUGGCGGCCGUGUGAACGAGCUGCUGACCGAGUCGCCCCACACACCAGUGGCCGGCUGCACGACCACAAUGAGCUUGAAGGGUCGUGAGCGACGGCUGGUGCUGACCGACAGCAGCCACCCCUUCGUCGCAUGGAUUGACAUCUGGGAUCGAGGCAAUACCGGUCAGCGUGACAGAGGGGGAGUGCUGCUGGUCAAAUGUCGAGGGGAGUGCUGCUGGCCAAAUGUCGAGCUUUCUUGUUCCCCUUGUGCAGUCUAUGUCCAUUUCAGGACCAGUGAGGCGGCUGUGUGUGAGGGUGGUCUGUUCAAACACCGCUUCCCGGUCACCACUCAGCUGGCUCGCGUGGUAUUGGGGGCGGUGGGACCAUUCGUAUUCGACGGACAAGUACAACAGCAACAGGAGCAGCAGCAAUGGUAAACACAUGGAUGGAUGGAAGACGUGCCUUCUCUUUCACUCUCUGUGUGUAUGUGUCUGUGCAGAUGCCGACGAUGGCAGCGGCGAUGAGAUUGGUGACCGUGUGGAUGACGGCAGCGGAGAGGGCGAUGGAGGUACACAGCCACAUACACCACAGAGGCCCCCACGUCGACCUGCCUCUGUGUGUGUGUGUGUGUGUGUGUGUGUGCCUUGGGCAGGUGAGGGUGGCGCAGCUGAGGCGGAGGGCGGCGGCUGA